GAGAGAUUCCAUACUUGUGAUAACGCGAGAUGUUCCAUUGUUGGCAACAGCCUUUAAAACAAGUCCCUCGCCAACAAAGGAACCGUAGGUGCUGCACAAUACACCUAUAAUCGUACUAAGUUAAGUAGGUUUUGCAUAAGCUGUAUAUAACUGGAGGUAAAUAUAAAUUGAUACCCUCCUAAUGGCCAGGCGACCAGAGCCUGGAUAGCUGUCGAAGCAUGGCGACAUUUCAACACCUUCCGCGAGAAAAGAUGGCCGAUCCAGGACACCGUAAUCACGGAUCACUUCCGCUUAUAUCAGCUCCAAUACAGGAGAGACCUCAGAAAGAGAAAGUGGAAGAGAACCAACGACUGACCAAAUUACCAUCCAUUUACAUACCCUCUGUACCUGUCUCAAAGUCACCUAACCUAAAAAUUCAUUUAGCAGACUUUAUCGGAAGUCGUCCUAACAGUCUCAAAGGAGAGCGGAACCCCGACUCGGACCUGAAAGUAAACAUCAUUGCUCGUGACAAGGCUAUCCAGCUUCUACAACAGUAUAACGAAAUCGUCAGAGGCGACGACAACCUGGCAGUGAAAAAUUUACCCCCAAUCAAAGUCUCCAUCCGCCCUAGCGGAGCUGAUUUAGGUUUCAAAAAAGAUAAAAUGUCCAAAAAGCUCCCUGUUUUCACAGAGGGCAUAAGUUCUAUCAGUAAAAAGCAGGAACCCUCGUUCACAGUGCCUAAAGAAAGUGUUAUCAGAGCAAAUCUUCCUAGAAAUGUUAUCGUGGCACAGAAGAAAAAUCAGUUUACAUUUGGGAUAAAAAAUAACAAGAAACACAGGAAAGAUGACAAAGGUGAGCACGUGCAAUUCAAACAGAUGAGGAAACUCGGAUUAGAUAACAUGCCUUCAGUAGACAUGGGAAGGUAUCUUAACAAAUCUCAAAUGGUGCAAGAAAGUGUAAACUUACGAAGUGGUGUAAAAGGUGGAUACUUCAAAUCUCCGAGAAAAAGCGAAGACCGAAUCGAGGCACCAAAUCAAACCAAUGCUCAAAAAGGGAUAGAAAGAACUCGAAUAUUGUCAAAGAAAAGUUAUCCCCAAGCAACUCCUCGAUCAGAGAGCAAAUUAAGUGUUGUGUCCUUGGGAAAUUCACUGGGACCGUCUUACUUUCUUACAAAUCGAAGAAACCUGAAAAAUGAGUUUCCGCAUUAUGAUCCUCGCCUGCUACACGAAUCUCAAAGAAUGAAAUAUCAGCCUCGUGACCCAUCAGUUUUUGGUGUGUGUUCUUUAGCUCCAAUCCAAGUUGGUGGACCAUUUCAAAGAGUUGGAACGCUCGAUCCAGUGCUACCAGGGCCACAGAAGUCCAACAAAUCUCUCAAAGGUCCAAAAAAGAAGUCCCAGAAGGGCAAAAGGAAAGACGCUUAUAGUGAUAUCGGUCCCUGGCAUAAUGACGUAAUCAUUCCAACCGAAUUUCAGAACGAAAAUGGUGAACUUCUACGAGUUGCUAACGAAGAACAUGAAUUCAUUGACAAUUCAGAGACAAUGUCAUAUCAAAGGGAACUACUUUACCGUAAGAAUAUGACAAGUCCAACCGGAAGUGAAUCAACGAUGACUACACAGACCCAUAUGGUCAAUCCACCGCCGUCCUAUGUCUCUAGUAAUGACGACGAUUACUACAGACAGUUUGACAAUCCUAGGGCUAUGCUGCAGAUUCAGGAGGAACGUUCAAACCUAACUCUUGAUAACGUAGAGGCACAUAACAGAGAAAUGAAUGAAAUAAAUUCAAUAGCAACCAGUAACAGUAUCGUCAGGAGAAAAAAAGAUGGUCGAAGAAGCAGAGUAAAACCAGAGCCUAAAAUCGUUAACUUAGAGAUCGAAGGAGAGAAAAGUGGGAGAAAUUCUGUCAUCGAGGAUGGCUUGUUUUUAACAAUCCCUUCCGUCAACCCCGACAAGGAGCGAAGACCGCCUCACGCGGUUCGAGCGGAAGUCGAUCGAAGCCAUGACGACUCUCAAGCCACGUGGUAUAGCGCGCGCUCUGAAUAUGACAAUCCUAAACUGGCUGUGAAAAAUAUUCAGUUGUAUAAUGACCAAAACCAUAUUCCAAAUACAAAUGUUAUCACACCAGAAAUCAACGUCACUUCCGAUAAUAGUGAUACUGAGAUUAUACUGAAAGCCAGUAAUGAAGGUUCAAGAGAAAAUCUAGAGAGACUCGACACAGAAGAAGAGUUCAAGAAGUUUACAAUGUCCAGCAAAACGAUGCAUUUCAUUUCGCCAUUACAAGUAAUUGACAACGCCAAACGACACUAAACGACCAAUUGGAGUCCUUUUUUUUUUUUAUCAAGUUACUUUUCAAUGUCUUCAUCCUGUGUCUCUCGCUAGUCAAGUUUGUGAUUUUA